AUGAAUACCCUGUUGUUAUCUUUACUCGUUUUUCAAAAUAUUACGACAUAUUUUGAUAAUUUUAAAAAUUCUGGAAUUAUAGAAAGGAAUGGAGGAGAAAUUAAAUAUAUCAGUGAAAACGUCGUUGGUAGCAUUAACAUAAAUGGGCUACGUAGACAGUUAAAUGACGAUAUAGAAAAUGCUAAAUACAAUUUCAAUUCAAAUAAAUAUUAUUAUGAUUCUAAUAUCCACAAGGAUUAUUAUGAUGCAAACGAAUACGACAGAGAAACAAGCUUCUUAGAAACUGAUGAAUAUGAUGAAGAACCUGAUAAUGAAAAGGAUGAUGAUAAUGAAUAUGAAGAAAGCUUCUUAGAAACCGAUGAAUAUGAUGAAGAAGCUGACAACGAAAAUGAUGAUGAUAAUGAACAUGAAGAAAGCUUUUUAGAAACUGACGAAUAUGAAGAAGAAGCUGACAACGAAAAUGAUGAUGAUAAUGAGCAUGAAGAGAGCUUCUUAGAAACUGAUGAAUAUGAUGAAGAAGCUGACAACGAAAAUGAUGAUGAUAAUGAACAUGAAGAAAGCUUUUUAGAAACUGACGAAUAUGAAGAAGCAGACAACGAAAAUGAUGAUGAUAAUGAACAUGAAGAAAGCUUUUUAGAAACUGACGAAUAUGAAGAAGCAGACAACGAAAAUGAUGAUGAUAAUGAACAUGAAGAAAGCUUUUUAGAAACUGACGAAUAUGAAGAAGCAGACAACGAAAAUGAUGAUGAUAAUGAACAUGAAGAAAGCUUCUUAGAAACCGAUGAAUAUGAUGAAGAAGCUGAUAAUGAAAAGGAUGAUGAUAAUGAAAAUGAAGAAAGCUUUUUAGAAACUGAUGAAUAUGAUGAAGAAGCUGACAACGAAAAUGAUGAUGAUAAUGAACAUGAAGAAAGCUUCUUAGAAACUGAUGAAUAUGAUGAAGAAGCUGACAACGAAAAUGAUGAUGAUAAUGAACAUGAAGAAAGCUUCUUAGAAACUGAUGAAUAUGAUGAAGAAGCCGACAAUGAAAAUGAUAACAACGAUUUUGAAUCCGAUGAAGAUAACUAUGCAAAUGAUAUUAAUUCAUCAACAACUGCUCAAUCUUUUAUUGAAAAGGACGAUCUAUAUUUCGAUGAUUUCUUUGAUAGUGAAGAAACUAUAAAAGAUGCUGUUAAAAAAGGAAGCAAAAAUAAGAAUUCAAACACAAGUUCAAGAAAUGAUAGUACUAAAAACAUGAUUAAAAAAUUAAAUAAAACUAGUAACGUCGAAUUUAAGAAUAAAAAUUCAUUCAAUGAAGAAGACAACCAAUAUGAAUUUUCAGGUGUUAAAUCAGAAACAAAUAAACAAUCACUAAGAAGCCCCAAUAAAAAUGGAGCACAAUCAAACCUUAAAGAUAAAAAAGAUAAAAAUACCCAAAAUAACAUGGGUCAAAUAAAUUUAGAAGAAUAUGAAAUCACAAAUGAUGAAUUACCAUCCGAUAUUAUGUCUGAAGCUUAUGAUGCUCUUGCACCAACAUUACAUAAAAAAGAGAAAUCAAACAAUGAAUCUACCAAAUACAAAUUAAAAAAUAAUAGUUCCACUAAAGAUCCAAAAUAUGUUCCUUAUAAAAAAGGAGAAAAUAGCAUAUCCCCUCAUAUACACGCAGAUGUUUAUAAAAAAAAUAAAAAAAUGGACGAAAUGUUGGAAGAAUAUGAACAGGAACUUUCAAAUGACGAUAUUAUGGAAUUAGAAAGUCACAAUGAAGAAGAUACCCCUGUAAUUGCUGAAACAGAAGAUCAUGAUGGCGAUGAUGAUUCGAAUGAACCUAACUCUGGUUCCAUAAGUUUCUUAAGCUCUCUUACACUUAUUAUUUUAGGACUUAUAUAUAUAAUGAAUUAA